AUGUUAGCGGUUUUUAACAAAUCUGUAGCCAAAAGUCCUGAGGGUUUACAGAGUCCUCAAUCUAACUCAGUUUCAUCGCUCAAAGAUGAUUUUUUGAGUCUACAUUUUGCAUCCCUUCACCCUUCUUCUGUUAACCUUAACCUUGCUUCUUCCGCUUUUUUAGCCUAUUCUCUUCACAAAAACAACCCAUUACUCCAAGAAAUGUCUAACAUAAAUAUAGAGAUCCUUAUAGAUUUUCCUUUAAGGUUGUUUGCAGUUGUGGAUGACAUCUUCUGCUUGUUUCAAGGCCAUGUUGAUAAUGUUGCUAAUCUUAAACAGCAAUAUGGAUUGAACAAAUCAGCAAAUGAGGUGACUAUUGUCAUUGAGGCUUACAGGACCUUAAGGGAUCGGCGUAGUUCGCAGACUGUGUUUGUUGCUUCUGAUGCUGACGGGAGUGUUCCUUUCUUCUGGGGAAUUGAUGCUGAUGAAAAUCUAGUUCUUUCAGAUGAGAUCGAUAUUGUUCGCAAGAGCUGUGGCAAAUCUUAUGCUCCAUUCCCUAAAGGAUGCUUCUUUACAACAUCAGCAAUUGGCAUGCCAAGAGUUGGAAGUGCUGCUAACUGGUCAUCUAAUUACUGA